UUAUUCAACAUCACCCUGCAAGCCAACCCAACCUACCGACGGAAAAUCGAGCCUGUCGAGCCGCACAAAGGCAAUUACAUUCUAGUUGUGCGUUUGGACACAAGAUCCAGCCAUGCCUCGGCAGGACCGGCAUCGCCAUGUCUCCUCAACCUGGCCGAUCCUUUGACGGAUGUCUUUGACAGAUAUUGUGUCGUGCGACACCGGCUCUCUCGUCGUCCCCUUCACGGCUUUGCUUGGUGUCGGAGAAGCCCUCCAUGCCAACAGAUACGGCUAUGUGCCCCGGGUUCAGCUCUGGAAAACUGCCUUUCCAUCUGCACACUUUGGUCUCUGCUCCCUUCGACGACAUAUUCGUCAUCGACACACUCGUCGCGACACAGCCAAUUUCACCAUGGAGAGCGGGCCUCGGGUCAUGUAUGCAGCCGGACCGGGAAUCGAAUUCAGAGUCGAUGAACGAGUGCACCAAGAGCCCUGCUGGUUCUGGAGUCGUCGAAUACUGACCGCUGCGGGUAUCGCCUCGUCAUGCAGGUGCCAGCCAGACAAGACACUGGCAGAGCUUUGUACGAAACUCGAGGAAAUGGUUCCCGACUGUCUCGGUGUGACUCUGAUGCAGAGCCGGCUGGCCCUCCGUCGCAACAAAGUCCCUCGGUUUCAGCACAGUCGGUACCAGCCGGAGAGCGAGCAUGAACAUGUCGAUUUGGGAGCCAUGUUCUCCGCCCAUCGCUCCCAAAGCCAGGACCCCGAAUGCCACUCCAACUCAAUCCCACCCGAAGCUGCGAUGGCUCCAAAUGCGGCGCUGUCGGAUUCGGCCAUUGCGACCAUCGGGCCCUCUGAACUACAGGGCGUCGAGAGCGAGCUGCCCGGCGGCAUACAGCCGAUGGACUCGAGCGGCAGCCUGUACAAGGAUUGGCAGAGCGUUGACUCGCAGUUCCGUCAGGAGCUUCAGCACAUGAUUACCAGCCCCGAUGCUGAUAAGCAGCUCCUGGGCCAGCAGAUGCAGCUGGCCUACAUCGAAGCGAGAGACCUGAUUCUCCAGGAAUACAUGCGACUGGACAGCGAAAAGCUCCAAGACCUGGACUCCAGGAUCGGCGAUCUGGCUCUCCCUCCAGCCUAUCUGGAGGAGCAGAGCAAAACUGCUGAAGCAGCGACAUACAUGAGGAUGCUGGAGCUUCUGAAGGUGGCGGUCGAGUUGCUUGACUAGCAAUCAUGGCUUCGGGAUCGCUGCCACUGCGGACGUCCAAGUCCGA